AUGGCGGAAAUUCCAUCAACUCAAUCCCCGACCCGAAACCAGAACCCGAAUCCAGCAGCAAACGAGCUGGACCCCAACUCCUCACAACACUGGUGCCAUCACUGUGAAAAGCGGGUCUUGAUUGAAACCAUAGAGGAUCUUCCUGAUGUCAUCUGUAAGGAGUGUAAUAAUGGCUUUGUUGAGUCCAUCUCCUCCGUAGCCACGAAUUCUCCUCCAGUGCAGAGUUUCCGCUCCGCCGAACUCUUCUUCGAUCGGUUUCGACAAGACAUUCGUCGUAUCGUUCGUGACUCUCAUGAGGAGGAUGCUCCCCCUCUUCCUCCAUCCGAGCAUGUCGAUCCAACUGACGAUGACUAUUUACGCAUCGAGAUCGGCGGAUGGAACGCCGCAGAUGGCGAAGAUGGCGACGACGACGAAGGCGAGCAUUCCGUUGAAGUACGGAAUGAAGAUGGAUAUGUGAAUAUUGAGCCAGAUAUCGAGAAUCAAGAUCUAUCUGAUAAUGAUCAGGAGAAUGAAGUGAUUGAGGCUCAUGACGAUGGUGAAGAGGAGGAUGACAGGCGAAGAAGGCACCGAGAUUUUCUCCAGCUUCGUCUCAGAGACUUCGCCGCUCGAGGCGCGACAAGGCGUUACAGGGUUCUUGACUGGGCGGAAAUUUUAAUGGGAAUCGAAGAUCAUUCGGUUGAACUGCGAUUCCAAGUCCCGGAAUCCGAUACUUUUAUCGGAAACCCGGGGGAUUACGUGGAUGCUGCAGGGUUCGAAGCUUUGUUGCAGAAUUUAGUCGAAAAUGAUAAUGAAGGGAGGCGUGGGGCGCCACCAGCUUCGAAAGAGGCAGUGGAGGGGUUGGAGAAUAGGGUGAUUGGGAAGGAAGGAGCCUCACUCGCAUGUGCUAUAUGUAAAGGUUCACUGAAUGUAGGGGAUAUGGUAAAGAAGUUGCCCUGUGGACACGAGUACCAUGGGGACUGCAUUAUGCCAUGGUUGGUUUCACGGAAUUCGUGUCCCAUUUGCAGGUUUGAGUUGCCUACAGAUGAUCCCGAGUACGAGGAGGAGAGGAAAAAGAGGGUGCCAGAGACUGGUCUAACGGAAGGUUCCCCGAGUACCUCUUCUGGUGGUGGUGAACAUAUUGGAUAUAUUCUGUUAAACGUAUUAGCGUACUUCGGUCCUGGUCAAGAAGUAGAGCGAUAG